AGAGAAAAUUUACUCCUUUUAAGAGAGUACCUCGAGUCCCUCAAAAGAAUGAAAUAUGGAUUUUGCAUCUGCUCCCACCAGACCCAGUUCUCAAACUGUGCAAAAUUUAGUCCUUGUUUUGUGUACAUGAAAAGCAGAAUCCAAAAAACGCUCCUUUUUGUUUUGUCUUUCACUCUAUAGCUUUUAGCCGUCCGUGAUUCUCUUAACAAUAUAGCUCACCUUCUUCUCCUAGAGUUGAAACAACUCAGUGGGAUACUGUCCAGUGUGAAAAGAUCCAAGCUUUUGCAGCUGAAAUGUUUGUAACUUGGCUCAUUCAACUGAAAUUCGGGGUACCCAUCCAGCAUUUUCAAGGUAAGAGCUGCAAAUUUUGCGACUUUGGAGGUUAUGGUUCUGUUUUAGGAGUUCUGCUGCUUAUGGGUUAUGCAUUUUGUGGAUUUUGUGAUGAGUUUCCUGUGGUGUCUAUGCCUCUUGGUUUUGAGAUUUCUGGGCUUGAUAGAAGUAGGACCUGGGUGUCUAGAAAUGGAGUCUUUGCAUUUGGGUUCUUCAAGGGUUGUCAGAAAACGGAGGAUUUUGAUGGUUUUGUUGUGGGAAUUAGGUAUAAUUUAGGGGAUGAAGCUGCAAAUGUGCCUGUGUGGACUGUUGGUGGUGGGCUUAGAGUUCCUGUGUACUCCACUGUUAGGCUUUCCAUGGAUGGGAGGCUGGUUUUGUUUGCAAACUCUAGCAAUUUGAUUGUCUGGAGCAGUAAUACUUCUGGUUUGGGUGUUCAAAAAGCUACCCUUUUGAAUGAUGGAAACCUAGUUCUGACUGACAAUAGUGGUAAGGUGCUCUGGGGAAGCUUUGCUAGUCCAACUAGCACUCUUCUUCCUGGUCAAUCUUUGCAUUUUUCUCAAUCCCUUAGAGCCCCUUCAACAAAAUCAAUUUCUAGUUACUACAACUUUUUGAUCCAGCCAUCGGGUGAGCUUGCCAUAGUGUGGGAAAGCAAUGUGACUUACUGGAAAACUCAUACGAGUUCCAGCGGUGUAAGUAGAGAAGCAAGAUUUGACGCUAAUGGUGUUUUGAGACUCAUUGAUGUAAAUAAUAAAACUGUCUGGUCUGCGUCAAGUAAGGAUUCUGAGGAUCCUUCUGUGGUUUUGAGGCAUCUGAAGAUUGAUACGGAUGGGAACUUAAGGAUUUACUUGUGGAAUAGUGUCUUACGUGAAUGGAGAGUGGGAUGGCAAGCAGUGGAGAAUCAAUGUGAUGUGUUUGGUUCCUGUGGUUUGUAUAGCUUGUGUGAGUUUAACUCCACAGGGCCUCUUUGUGAUUGUCUCUCUGAUGAUUCCAAUAACUUGGGAACUGGUCUUCCCGUACCUGAAAUUGGUAGUUCUAGGUGUGGGAAAAUGGCAGACCUGGCAAGUUGCAAGAUGAACACAAGUAUGAUGGUCUUCAAACAGACAGUGCUUUAUGGUCUCUAUCCCCCUCAAGAUGUUGUUGUCAUGCUAAGUGAGGAAGCCUGCAAAGAGUACUGCUCUAACGAUGCUACCUGCAUUGCGGUGACAUCAAGGAAUGACGGUUCAGGAGUCUGCACUGUUAAAAGAACUAGCUUUAUAACUGGAUAUAGGAAACCUUCGAUUCAGGCAAAUUCGUUUCUGAAGGUUUGUCUGGUACCCCAGGCAGUUUCAGCACGAGCUAAUCUCCAUGGUAAUUCAAAUCAAGUUACCAUGUCAUCUAAAGGCUCCAUUAACCAUGGAGGUAAUGGUAAGGAGUUUGCAGGAGCUGUUGCUAUCACAGUCUUGGUAACAGUCUUGAGUUUUCUAUCUGUUCAGAUUUUUAUGUGUUGGUUUAUUUAUCGGAGAUUGAAACAACAGGCUCAAACAAGAAUCCCGUUUGGAAAGGACGAGCAGAUGAAUUCUCAUUACAGUGCUAUUGUGAGGUUAUCCUUUGAAGAGAUAAAAGAUCUGACUUCUAAUUUUGCACAUCAGCUUGGUCCAUCCAUUUUCAAAGGUCUGCUCCCUAAUAAGACCCCGGUUAUUGCAAAGGUAUUGAAUGAUGUUGUUGUGACAGAGAAGGAGUUCCGAGGAGUAGUUUCUAUGUUGGGUGGGAUGCACCAUCGGAACCUUGUUCAUCUCAAGGGCUUCUGCUUUGAGGGGAAACAUAAAUACCUAUUGUAUGAGUAUGUUCCCAAUGGCUCUUUGGACAAGUGGCUAUUUGACACUGCACGGGAGCACGAAGUGGGGAACUGGCAACAGAGGCUUAAUAUUGCUAUCGGAGUUGCACGAGCUCUCGCAUAUUUGCACUUGGAGUGUCAAACAUGUGUAGCUCAUGGAAAUUUGAAGCUUGAGAAUGUCUUGCUUGACGAAAAUAUGAUUCCUAAAGUUGCAGAUUUUGGACUUAGGAGGCUACUCAGAAAGGACACCGCCUCGUCUUCAGAGACUCCAUCUGAAAGAGACAUCCACAUGUUUGGGGAGAUGUUACUGCAGAUUGUGACCUGCCAGCGAAAUAUUCUGGAUACCACUCUGCAGCAAUUAGUUAACGGGAACAACGACGAACUGCAAAUAGAAUUAAGAUCGGAGUCAUGUAAAGAGUUUGAAGAAGUAGAAAGAGCAGUAAGUAUAGCUUUGUGGUGUAUGCAAAGCCAACCGUUCUUACGACCUUCCAUUACUGAAGUGGUUAAGGUAUUAGAAGGUGCAUUUUCCAUCGAUAGACCUCCUUUAGAUUUUCGUUUUAGACAGGAGGAGCGAGUAGAUAUAGAUUGAUGUAACACUGAAAAUGGAAUAGGAAAAA